AUGGCGGCAUCAGCGGAGGAGGCCGGCGCGCCGCGCUACAUCCUGAUUCCGCUGCACGGCACGGGCGAGGCGGUGGCGGUGGACGUGGAUCGCCUGCCGUCCGAUCACGGCGAUCUGGUCGACAUUCUCAAGGGCGAGCAGGCGCCGCUCGACUGCUGGCUGCACCUCGCGCGAGCGUACUUCAAGCAAGGCAACACAGCGGCGUUCCUGGACAUCCUAUCAGAAGGCACCUCGCCAGAUGCUGAGAGGGUGUAUGAGACGUCUCGCCACGAGCGCAUAGCGAUGCUGAACGCGCUGGGAGCGCACUACACGGGGCUGGGGCGCGUGGCACGGCGGCAGAAGCGGGACGAGGUGCUGAUCAAGGUGGUUGACUUCUACAACAAGGCUGCUCGCAUCAGCAGCGAAGCCGUGGCCACGUGGGUGGGGAAAGGGCAGCUGCAGCUGGUGAAGGGCGAGGUGCAUCAGGCGGAGGAGAUGUUCUCCCUCGCCCUCGCUGGCGCUCCUGACUACGUGCCCGCACUGCUUGGCAAGGCGUGUGUGCUCUUCCACAAGGCCAAGUUCCAAGACGCCCUCAACCUCUACAAGAAGGUUUUGCAGCUGCACCCCACGUGCCCCCCAUCAGUGCGUCUGGGCAUUGGCCUGUGCCAUCUGCGCCUCUUCGCCUCCUCAGCAGCCCGCCAGCCAGCAGCGGCACGCAGGGAGUUCCAUGCAGGCAAGGCCAGGCAGGCGCUGGAGCGGGUGCUGGAACUGGAGCCGGGGAAUGCAGACGCGCUCGUGGCGCUGGGAUUGCUGGAUAUCAAUUCAGACGAUGUCACAGCAGUGCAGCGGGGGCAGCAGCGCAUGCUGGCAGCGUUCCACGCCUUCCCCUUCCACCCCAUGGCCCUCAACCACCUCGCCAACCACGCCUUCCUCGCCGGCCCCUCUCUGCACGCCCUGGUCGACCCCCUGGCUGCGCUCGCCCUCGCCAGCACUGAAGCUGCUCUGCCGCGUGCUGAGGCGUAUUACUGCCUCGCACGUACCUAUCAUGCUCAGGGCGACAGGAAGAAGGCGUUUGCGUAUUACAAGGCGGCCACGGAGACGGUACAGCCAGGGGAGUUCGCCCUGCCCUACUAUGGGUUGGGGCAGAUUCAGCUGAGCCUGGGUGAUGCCAAGGCAGCACUGGGCACACUAGAGAAGGUGCUGGCCGUGCACCCCACCAACAGUGACGCGCUCAAGCUGGUGGGCGCCAUUCACCUACAGCAGGGCCGGCAGGACCAAGCACUGGCGUGCUUCCGCAAGAUCACCCAGCACUGCCCCUCCGACAUGGACGCGUGGUUGGAGGUGGGGGAGCUGCUCGUCUCCUCCGACCUCCCUGCUGCGCUCGAGUCUCUCAAGAAGGCAUACGAGCGCAUGGUGAAGGCGGUGGGCAAGGAGGGCGUGCCGUGGCAGCUGGUGAACAACAUUGCCGCGCUGCAGCAUGAGAGGGGCGCGUAUGAGGAGGCAGUGCAGGCGUACAAGGAGGCUUUGGGCCCACACGGGCCGUGGGCAGCCAUCCUGCACCUAGAGGACGCUAACGGUGGUGCGGACAAGGGGAGAGCAGCAGAGACGGCGCUACCAGUGGAGAAGGUGACGGUGGUGUUCAACCUCGCUCUCUCCCUCGAGCGCACCUGCUGCCUCACCCAGGCCGCUGCCCUCUACCGCCUCAUCCUCUCCCAGUACCCGUCCUACCUGGACUGCCAUCUGCGCCUGGCAGUCAUGGCACUGGACCGCCGAGACAACGCCACUGCCAUGACGCAUAUAUCAGCCGUGCUACAGCGCGCCCCAGACAGCGUGGACGCGUUGCUGCUGCGCAGCCGGGCGGAGGCAGACAGGGAUGACCAUGCAGCGGCCAAGGACACACUCAAGCGCAUCGUGGACCUCUCGCCUGAGAAGUGCACUGCCGCCCUUGUUGCCCUGGGCAACUGGAACUUGAACAUGAGUGCUCGCCCCACGCGGGACACCAAGGCAGAGGCGUCCUUCCUUGAGAAGGCCCGGGAGAUGUUCCACAAGGCGCUGACAGGCAGCAGCAGCAACAUGUAUGCGGCGAACGGGGUGGGCAGUGUGGUGGCGGAAAGGGGGCUGUUCGACGUGGCAAAGGACAUCUUCACCUCCGUGCAGGAAGCUUCCUCUGCUCCUGGCGCCACCGACCUACCAGACGUCUGGAUGAACCUCGCUAAUGUGCACCUGGCUAAGGGGGACUACGCUCUUGCUGUCAAGUUGUACGAGAAGACUCUGAAGCGUUUCUUUGCAAGCGGGGCAGUGGGGGCGAGCGGGGCCGAGGGCUUCCACUUGCGCACUUUGUCCUAUAUGGCGCGCGCGCAGUAUGAUGCCGACCAGCUGGCGCAGUGCCGCCGCUCGCUGCUGCUGGCGGUGCAUGUGGCGCCGAACAACGCCGCCCUGCGCUUCAACGUGGCAAUGGCGCUGCAGAAGAUGGCCGUGACUGUGCUGAAGCAGGAGAAACGGACGGCAGAGCAGGUUCGCAAGGUGGUGUCGGACUUGAAGACCGCCCUCCGCCUCUUCUCCCAGCUGGCAACACGGGGAGUGCAGGGGUCACAGGGGGGGGUGGACAAGAAGAAGGCCAACUCGCAUCUCGAGUACUGCCAGCAUGUGCUGAGCUCAGCCAAGCAGCACUUGGAGGUGGCGGAGAGGGAGGAGCAGCAGCGCAAGCAACGUGCGGAGGCGGAGAGGCAGGUGGCAGAGGUAGAGGCGUCGAAAAAGAGAGCGGAGGAGGAUAAGCUCGUGGAGGUAGGGUGCGGAGAGGCAGAGGAGGGACGAGGAGGAGAGGAGGCUGCUGGAGCAGGAGGAGGAGAUCAAGCGCCGCAUGGUAUGGUGGGGGGGAUGGGGGGGGAGAUGGUGGGUGGGAGGAGGGACGUGGAGGAGAGGAGGCUGCUGGAGCAGGAGGAAGAGGUGGGUGGGGUGUUGGGGGGAGGGGAGAGUUGUGGGUGGUGGGUGGGUUGGUCGUGGGUACGAGUUGGUGGGGGGGGGGAUGGGUGGUGGAAUUGGGACGGGAGAGACGAGCGGGAGGAAAGGCAUGAGGAUGAGAACCCGUGGGGGUCUGAUGGGGAGAGAGGAGGUGGAGGGGAAGGGUCGGGAGAUGAGGGAGGGAGUCCGAGGGGAGAGAGGAAGGGGAGAGGUGGAGGGGGCGAGGGGGAGGAGGAGGAUGCCCUGGCUGCAGCUGGGCUGGUGGAUGAGGAGGAGGAGGGAGGGGUUGCACGAGGGGACGGCAAUGACCAGGGAGUGCCCGCUCGCAAGCGGCGCCGGCAGCUGACAGAUUCGGAUGAGGAGGAGGCAGGUGGUGGCGCUGAUAAUGAGGCGCAUGAGGGGGGUAGUGCACCUGAUGCCGGGGAGGAGGCACCCCCACCGCCAUCCGGCACAGGUGAUGCAGAGGGCAUGCAGGAAGGGUGA